GCCGCGGUGGCGGGAGUGUCACGUGAGGCUGUGCGGAGCGGCGGGCGAGAGUGUCACGUGAGGCUGUGCGGAGCGGCGGCGGGGGUGUCACGUGAGGCGGAGCGGCGGGGCGGCGGGCGAUGUGUCAGUGGCGGGGUGUGCGCCGCCUGUCAGCCCAGACUGGGAGCCGGCCGGCUGGGGGCGCCUCGCAAUGGAUGGUGCAUGUGGACCUGUGUCUAUAGUCUCUGAUCGAAGUGAAAUACAAGCUCUUGGAGAUGAACAUCCUGAAGACAGAAUUUAUCAACAAAAAGUACAGGAUAUCAGUAAAAAGUAUGCUUUCUUCAGAAGAACACUUGGUGAUGGAAACUGCUUUUAUCGGGCACUCAGCUUUGCUUAUCUGGAGUCAAUGCUUGGAAACAACAAGGGAAUCAAAAAACUUCGACAAAAUUUAAUACAGAGUAGAGAAGACCUUCUGGCUGCUGGAUUUGCUGAAAAAACAUUUGAAAAUUCUUUCAGCACUGUUCUCUGGUUCCAGUUUCUGGAUGUGAUUGACCUGGUAGAAACGGACGGUUCGGUCUCCAAGCUACUUGCUGUUUUCAAUGAUCGUGGUGCUUCAGAUCAUUUAGUGCAAUAUCUUCGACUACUAACAUCCGCAUACUUGCAGAAGCAGUCCAGCUUCUUUGAAUUUUUCCUCGAGGGAGGCAUAAGUAUUAAAGACUUCUGUGCUCAGGAAGUGGAGCCAAUGGCCGUGGAAAGUGACCAUAUUCAUAUCACUGCACUGACCCAAGCCCUGGAUAUAUCAAUCCAAGUGGAAUAUAUGGACAAAACAGACUCGGAAGUCAACCACCACAUCUUUCCAGAGGGAUCUAAACCUUUGGUUUACCUACUUUACAAACCAGGACAUUAUGAUAUACUUUACAAAGCAAGCAAUACCAAAUAG